AUGGACAUAUAUGCCCUCAUCGAACCUCAACCCUCCUCACUUCAGGCCAAUUUAUCACCCUCUAUACUAACUAAACCCACCACCUACACCCAGGCCAGUCGUGACCCAGACUGGGGCUCUGCCAUAUCCGAGGAAUUUGAUGCAUUAUUACGUAAUAACACGUGGUCACUUGUUGCACGUACUCCUAACAUGAAUUUGACUAGCUGUAAGUGGAUAUACAGGAUUAAGCAAAAAGCGGAUGGCUCUCUUGAGCGUUACAAGGUCAGAUUGGUCGCCAAGGGUUUCCAUCAACAACAUGGGGUUGAUUAUGAUGAGACAUUCAAUCCUGUCAUCAAACCCAUAACCAUUCGGACAGUUCUUUCCUUUGCCAUCUCCAAUGGAUGGUUUGGUUGCCAACUGGAUAUAAAAAUGCCUUCCUUCAUGGCAUCCUUGAUGAAGAAGUAUAUAUGA